AUGUCAAACCCCUACGCCUAUGUUGAAGACGCCCUUCCUCAGCAGCAGACUUUGCGUCAUCCCCAACCUCAACAUGUAGGCUAUUCGCCUCAGCAACACCAUCAACAGCCACAACAACAGCAAUAUCAGCAAUUCUCAGGCCAGCAGUUUGGCGGUCAACAGCAAUUCGCUGGCCAACAACAAUUUACCAAUCAACAGUUUGGCCAGCAACAUGCUGGUGCUCAGUUUGCUGGUCAAGGUGGUCAAUUCCAGCAAAAUCAAGCAAAUUCAGGUCCCUACGCGAACUUCUUCUCCGAUCCAACCGCCUCCAUGGCAGCCCAGUUUGCCAAAAGUAGCUUGGGCCAGUCCAAUGAUUACAUCCAGCAGAAUUUCGGAAGCUACAUUCCUGUGGCUGGUGAGUUGAAGUUUUACUUCAACGUGAGUAACUCAUAUGUGCUCAACAAGAUAAUCCUAAUACUCUUCCCUUACCGCCAAAAGAAUUGGGCCCGUAUCACCCAGACGGAUCCUACACCAAACGCUAGCGCCGGGUCAGCCUAUGCGCCACCCUCUGAAGAUGUCAACGCUCCAGACUUGUACAUCCCUUUGAUGUCCUUCAUCACAUACAUUCUUCUUUGGUCCUCGAUUUCAGGAUUGAAGGGCGAGUUUCAUCCUGAGCUUUUUGGAUAUCUCGCGUCCCAAACGCUCGCCUGCUCGUUUCUCGAUAUCUUGAUUUUUAAAGUUGGACUCUACCUUUUGAAUUGCUCGACACAGAGCUCUUUGUGGGAUCUCGUCAGUUUUAGUGGCUACAAAUACGUCGCUAUCACUCUUUUGUUGUGCUGGAAGAAUCUCGUGGGUAAUUCGUGGUUGCUUUACUACUCAGUAUUAGCAUACGUUGUUGGAAGCUUGUCCUUGUUCUUGAUGAGAUCCUUAAAGUUUUUGGUGUUGCCGCUUGGCGUUGCUGAGACCGCUACACAGACCAUCACCAGCAGUCAAAGAAGACUUAGAGUUCAAUUUCUUUUCCUUUAUGCCGUGGUGAUCCAAUUCUUGAUUAUUUUAUUUAUGUCUCGUUAA